AUGGGUCAAGCAAAAUCUCAAAAUGAAGCUAAAUCUAUAUACGCAACGUAUAUUGAUCAUACACUUUUGUUAUUUCGACGUUUGGCAUACGAUAUUUGGACUAGUCCAAUCAAUUUAAUUCUUCUUAUAUUAAUUAUACUAUUACUAAUCAAAUUAUAUUUUAUGAAACCAAAAUCAAAUAAUACACAUAAAUCCGUACCCGUACAAUUACCAAAAAUGAAAAAAUGUGAUAUGACACUUGCAGAAUUGCAUGCAUAUGAUGGAAAAAAUUCAAAUGGCCGUGUACUAACGGGUAACCGUCGCAUCGAUUUAUACGGUUCAGGUGGUUCUUAUUGCACGUUUGCCGGUCGUGAUGCCACACGCGCUUUGGCCAAGAUGCAGUUAGAUCCAUCUUUAUUUACGGAAAAUUAUGAUGAUUUACAAGAUUUAAGUGAGAAUGAACGUUCUACAGCUCGAGCAUGGCAUGACGACUUCAAAGACAAAUAUGACAUUGUUGGUCGAGUACUACGUCCAGGUGAAUCACCAACAAUUUAUACUGACGAGACUGAUAAUGUUGAAAAUAUGGACUAUACUUGUAUUUUUGAUGACGAAAUGAAUGAGAGUGAUGACGAUAAGUCAACACCUUCUCUUCAUCGUAUUAAAUCAUUAUCACUCACAUCACUGUUUGAUGAUAUAGAUGAUGAUGAACAUUGCGAUAUUAUUGUUACAAAUUUACUGUUUGAUGAAUUAUUAGUGAACGAUGGAAAUUCAAUCACACAUCUUGAUUCUGUUUCGUUACGAUCACAUCCAGUUAACCGAUCUAAAUCCUCAGUGUCUUAUGACAUCACAAAGCCAAGAUCUAUAGCACUAACAACAAGAAAAAAAAAUCCAAAUAAUCUUGAUGAAUAUCCUUUACAUCGUGCUGUUGCAAAUGGGCAAAUUGAACUUGUUGGAAAAUUAUUACAGGAGACGCCCUUUAUUUAUGAAAACGAUGGAAUACAUUGGACACCUCUCCAUCACGCUGCAUGGCACGGUCAUCAUCGUAUUGUUGAACUUUUGUUACGUUCUAAACGUUUUUCACCAAAUGCUGUUGAAAAUUUUCGAGCGACACCACUUCAUUUUGCUGCACUAUUGGGACGAGUAGAAGUCGUUCGUACACUACUUCAUUAUCCUGAUAUCAAUGUUCACGCAAUUAAUAUCGAUGGAAAAACAGCACUCGAUCGAUGUAAAUUAAAUCCAAAACCAGACUGGCAAUUAUGCGCUCAACUUAUUGAAGAAUUUAUGCAACGACCGCCUGAAAAAAUAAAAAUUCGUUUAACUGAUGGCACCACAUCUGAAUUGGAUUUGAUAGCUGGAAGUGAUACAACUUGUAAACAAUUAUACGAACAAAUGAUAGCUCGUUUAUCUUUAAUACCGAUAGAACUGUAUUCAAAUGUAUUUGGUAUUUGGAUUUGCUCAAAAAGUCUUCGUAUACAACUCAAACCGGAUCAUAAACCUGUUCAACAUUUAUUUGCGUGGAAAAAAUACGCUAUACCCUCACUAACCAGUAAUGACUCAACAAAUUCGUCGUUAAAUAAUGUCAAUACAAAUGAUGAAGAUCCUCAAUUAUAUUGGUUACGUGAUUCAUUGCUGAAAAUUCAAGCUGAACAAAAAAUACGGCAUCCAUACGCUAUUCGUUUACUAUUUUUUGAAGCAUACCAGAAUUAUAUUCAGUCAUUAUAUCCAUGCGCUGAUGAUGAUGCUGUUGAAUUUGCAGUUAUAUUUAUGGGUAUAACAGCAACAAAUGAACAAAAAUCAGACAUUAGUAAAUUAAUUAAAUCACAUGAUAAUGAAACAUUGAGCAUUUUAAUUCCAGCAGAAAAAUUGAGAAGAAGAGGAAAUCAUUACUGGUGCAAAACAAUCUUAAAAAAAUAUAAAGAAUUUUUUAACGACGAUGGUCUAGUACAUCAGUAUCGAUUAUCAUCUGGUGGACGUUCUAAUCGUACUAGAGAGUAUGAAUAUGAUGGACGAAAAAUCACAAGUGUUUAUAUUGCUAUUAAUGAUUUUGGUUUACAUUUGAUAAAUCGUCAAACAAAAUCCCAUGAAUGUAGUUUCUCCUACAAGCAGAUGACAUUUACUAUUGGAACUGGAACUUUAUCAACGUUAGAAAUUUAUACCAAACAAUCACAUAAUGGAACACAUUUUGUUUCGAAUAACAACAACAAGGAUGCGCAUCAUACAAACAAUAAAACAUUUUUUUCAUUUUCAUCAUCAGCAACAAAACAUCAUUCAUCAGAAAAAACUUUGCAACAACAACAACGAACAUCGCUUCAUCAUAUAUUACAUACAAAACAAAAUUUUUUAAUUUAUCAUUUAAUGUGCAAUUUUGCUGAAGAAGGUCAAGAAGAAAGAUCAAGGAUAUAG